AUGAAGUUCCGAACACCCACCUUUCCUUUGGCGCCGCGCGAUCCCAAUGACGAGGCAUUCAACCCCAUGCCGCUGAAAAUGGCCACCAUGCCAGUUCUGCGGGAGAAGAAGUCGCUGCGGAACUUGUGGAGCAGUGGUCCGGAGGGGGAGCGCGACAGCGCAGCACAACCAGCCACGGGAGCGCGAGCAAUGCUACGGAGGAAGCUCUCGCGGCCCAAUCUGAACACCAGCACCGUCAACCCAACCGACAAAAGCGAAGAUGUGCCUCCGCUGCCUCCACUGCCGGCAGCCACGUCGUUCCUGCGGAGGAAGUUCUCCCGCCCGAAUCUCAAGCUUGAUACCGGCGAUGCCAACGAGAGCUUGCCACCCGUGCCUGCUCUCCCUAGCGCUACGUUGAAGCGAAGCCCGUCGACUUUCAGCUUUGAAGAGGGCAGUAUCGAUGCAAAGGGAGACGCGUCGCAGUCUUCCAGGAAACAGGCUCUGCGCGAGCUUCUAGGUCUUCGUGGAAACGGCACGGUCAAGUUGGUACACAAGAAGUCGAGGCCUCAAAUGGCCGAGCGCAGAAGUCCCGUGCCUCUCACCACAGGCGCCAGCCCUCUCGACCGCCAAUCUCCUACAUUUCAAGCCGACAGUCAAACUACAAAGCCCAUGCUCACGAAACGCAAGAGCCUUCCGAAUGCUCGCAAGAUGUCAGAUCAGAACGGCGCUCCAGUCCGGCGCACGCAAUCUCCGGCUGAACUUGCAAAGAAGCUCCUGACGGUGGAGCAGAUCCGCGCAAUGUCUGUUGGUGCGCCGUGUUUCAGCGUAGAAGAGUGCAACGGUCGAUACAAGCCACAGGUCAUGUUUCGUGGAAGCAAUGCAGAGACUUCAGUACACUUCCUGCGAGACUACCAUGUUCCAGGGCAUCCGUCUUUCCGGAUGUGCACGCUGGGGAUGGAGGAGAGGAAAGAAGAUACAGCGGAUAUUGACAAUGAAGACGGUGAUGAGCAAAAAGCGACGGCCGAUCUGAUGGAAAUGCCCAGCAUGCUCUGCGCGCAGGGUCUCGAUCCGGGAACUGUUGGUUUCGAGCACUUCCUGCAAUUGCCCAUCGCGGACGAUAUCGUUCGAAUGGACGACUCAGAUGUGGACGGCAAGCGAAGGCUACUAACCUCCGCGCCCGCGGAGCUCGGGCUUCGACCUUUAAAUAUCGAGGUGCUGGUAUACAGGCUCACGGAACUGGGUCAGCUGUUGACAACGAGUCGGGAUCACAGCGCAGCUUCGUCGGUGGCGUGGAACGCUACCAAGCUGGAAGAGAUGGGGGCCGAGCUGUUCGGCAAGCUGCUCGCUCCGGAGGCAGCAAAUGGAAGCCGCCGUCUAGAUAUGCAUACCCAGAUCCGGGCUUUGCAGAAGGUUCUCCGCACGAGCGCGCUCUGGCGGGACUUUGGAUUUGUGGAAUGGCGAACUCGUAUUGGCGAGUUGCUCUGGGCUGCUGACAGUGUCGAAACCACCGACGCAGAAGACAGCGGGCCUACCGAGCGUGAUGUGCUGUUGUUGCAGCUCACGCUGGCCUCCGAGCUGCUCAUUCGCCUCAACGUCGUGCGUUUGAUGGCCAAUCGAUACACGCCAAUAUUGUCGGCGGUGGAGGCGAGGACGCUGGAAAGCCAGCGCACGACCAAGAUCAACUGGGAUCUUCUACUUGCCGAACGCUUCCUUGACAACGUCGACAUCUUCUGCAAGGUAUCGAAGGAAACGAACCGAAGCAGUCUCAUGCGAGCCAUUCCCUUCUUGACCGCAUUGAGCGAAUCGAACGACGAAGUGAGCCCUCUACAACCCGUUCUUAAUCCCAAAAAUGGCGACCUGCAACUGGAAGGCCUGCGACACUUUGCCGAAGCUCUGCAGUGGCCGCACUCCGAGUUUCUCCCCACGCAACUGGACAAGGAAAGUCGCUACUCCAGUGGCAGUGAGAGUCCGCUGAGCUCGGUGCUCAGCCAUUACACAACGCCUCUGCAAACACCCCGACUUUCGCACACGCCAAUGCGAAGGAACAGCGUACUCGAUCUCAUGGUCACGGAUGCGGACGAGCCCGCUCUAAGCAAGACCAGCACUGCCGAGCCCACACAGCUCACGCGGUACUCUGGCUCGAUUCAGGACAAGAUCAACUUCGAGGACUGCGGCUGGCUCAGCAGAUCCUGGCUGAGCGGCCUGGUCAUCCCCGGCACUACAGCAGGCCAUCUUCUCAUCUCGACGCUGCUGGAGAGCAGCCCACAAGCCUUGAGCAUUCUCGGCGCCGAUGCGAACUUCUUCGGCGGCUUCCAGUACCAAACGCGCAGCUACUGGAGCAAGAGCUGUAUCGUUGGUCGCGUGCUUGCCGCUAAAAAAGGAGCAGCGGAGUGCAUGGAAUGGCUUUCCGUCCCGGCCGUCUCGCAAGAACAGCAGGACGGAUGGAUCGAUCUCGCCGUGCAACAGAUGCCGGAGACUAGGCAUAAGCCGCGCAUCACAAGCCCGGAAGCAGUGGCAUGGGACUCGGAUCUGCUGCACAACAAAGGCCUGCUUGCCUCUGCGCGCGUCGGCGACUUCACGUGGCCGAGCGACAGCCCGCCAUCUCUGGGCAACGAUGUGAAGUUCGAGGGCUUGACCUUCAACAAAGACGAGGGCGAGGGCAAAGACAAAAUGCAGGCCGUCGCCUCCCUCGCUUUCAGCUCCACGAUCCAAGGCAAACACACCGUCGUGGAAAUCCCACUAGUCUUCGAUGCGCGAUUCAUCAGCUCCUACCCCUGCCACCCCAGAACCGUCAGGCACGCAGCUCUCCCUCGCCUCCCACCACUCACCAUCGCGCCUCCGCAGCCUCAAACCGCUCUCCCACCGCCCCAAACAUCGCCUCCCCCACCACCCCUCCCAUCCAAAUCCCCCGUCAUCGCCGCCUUCCCCCUACCCCCAACGACCGACUCAAACAAAGAAAAUCGCCGCCCAGGCACCUCCCCCAAACAACCCCCCCAGCCCUUCUCACCGCAGCAACCGAAGCGUCCCCAAACGUCUUCCGGCGCCUCCCCAACAGACAGCGGCUACGCCUCAAAGCAAAACUCCGCAAGCACCAUCCUGUCUUUCCGCGACCUCGCGCCCCCGACACUCAACACCCCGUGCCACCCCCUCCACACAGCGUACAACUACGACAUCGUCCCCACCUCCACCCUCUUCACCACAGCCAUGCAUACCCGGCCUCGCGCGCCGACGAAGUCCGGCGCGAAAGCGUCUUCACCGGACGGCAGUAGCAGCACCGGCAGCGUUGGCUCACGACCUCCGUCCGCGUCUUCUGAGAAGGAUAAAGAGGUUAUGAUUCUCGAUUGCCGAGGCGGUGCGGAUUUGGAGUUGUUUGCGCGCGCGUGGUGUGCGCAGGUCGGCGAGAAUGCGAUUGUUGGCAAGGCUGGCAGGACGUGUUUGGCGUGUUGUGUCAGGGAGGCGAGGGGGUUGGGUGUUUGCGUUGUUAUUCGAGUUUGA